AUGAGCUGUGAUCAACUACUGAAUCCAGAUAACGGGUAUAUUUUGAACGACACAAUCAAGCUCGAAGUAAUCGUUUCUGCCGAUGCCCCUCACGGAGUCCAAUGGGAUUCGAAAAAACAUGCGGGUUAUAUUGGUUUAAAGAAUCAGGGUGCAACUUGCUAUAUGAACUCAUUACUUCAAGCGUUUUUCUUCACAAAUCAACUGCGAAAAGCUGUUUAUGAAAUGCCAACCGAAGAAGAUGACUCAGAAUCCUCAGUAGCUCUUGCAAUGCAACGAGUACUUUAUGACCUCCAAUAUUCUGACAAACCGGUUGGGACGAAGAAACUUACGAAAAGUUUUGGAUGGGAUUCACUCGAUUCGUUUCUUCAGCACGACGUUCAAGAACUGUGCCGCGUGCUGCUGGAUAACUUGGAAAGCAAGAUGAAAGGCACAAAGGUCGAGGGCACCAUUCCACAACUUUUCCGUGGCAAGAUGAAAUCUUUCAUUCGCUGCAUCAACGUUGACUACGAGAGCUCGCAUGUGGAUGACUUUUACGAUGUGCAAUUGAAUGUCAAAGGAAACAAUGACAUCUUGCAAUCAUUCCGUGAUUAUGUGGACUCGGAGAGAUUGGACGGUGAGAACAAAUAUGAUGCCGGCGCUUACGGAUUGCAACCUGCAGAGAAAGGAGUCAAAUUCUUGACCUUUCCACCAGUUUUACAUCUUCAGCUCAUGAGGUUUCAAUACGACGCGGCCAUUGAUGCAAAUGUGAAAAUAAAUAAUCGACUUGAAUUCCCGGAGCGCCUGAAUCUCAACGAUUUUGCGGACAACCGAAGCGAAGACAACGAUUUUACCUAUGUGCUCCAUGCCGUUCUUGUUCACUCCGGCGAUUUUCAUGGCGGGCAUUACGUGGUCUUCAUCAACACUAAGCUCAAUCAGCCUCAUUCCUGUUGGUGCAAAUUUGACGACGAUGUGGUCUCGCGAUCAUCUUUCAAAGACGCCGUCACAGCAAAUUAUGGAGGAGAAGAUUUGGAGACGCCCGGGCGAAUUUACACCAACGCUUACAUGCUUGUAUACAUUCGGCAAUCAUGCUUAGACGAGGUCCUUUCGACGAUCAACGAUAACGACAUCCCAAUUCAUCUUCGACAAAGAUUUGAGGCCGAACGGAAUGAGGAGGCUUAUCGCAAGAAGGAGAAACAAGAGGCUCAUUUGUUCACGGAGAUCAUGUUGAUCCGAGAAGAGAAAUUUCAAAAUCAUCACGGCUUUGACCUUUUCGAUGUACGACUUCUUGAAGACGAGUGCCAGAAAGAAAAGGUAAAGAAAAAGAUGAACUUGGAAGAGCUUUACCAAUUUGUGGCAAGUCGGGUUUUUGGUGCGGAAGGGGAAAAUAGACUUCGAAUGGAUUUCCGUUUGUGGCUUUUCACUGACAAUCCGCCCCGCGAGGAGACUGGCGUUAGCUUGGCAAGGAUGAGGCCAUCGACAUUGAUUACACGAGAUCGAAACAAAUUGCUCGAGGACACCUUUGACAGCGAUAGGAAUUUGAUAUUUGUGGAGACUCCAACACUGUCCAAUAUUGGAAAACGUCUCUCCCUACAACAAUAUGAUGACAAAAGUAAU